AUGGCAAGAGUUCAGGAGAACACAUGGCUAGAUCAAGGCUAUGAAAGCUACGUGUGGGUUCAUGAAAAUAAUGAUGAGCUUUUAAGAGUAGGUGGAAGAUUAAAAUUUUCUGAUCUUCCAGAUUCACAAAAAUUUCCUCUACUCUUGAAUAAGAAACACCAUUUCACAGAUUUACUUAUAGAAUACUUUCAUAAAAAAACAUUCCACACCGGUGUUCAAACUGCUCUGUAUUUAAUUAGACAGCAAUACUGGAUACCAGUUGGUCAAGCCAAAGUUAAAAGUGUAAUCAAAAGAUGCUUAACCUGUUUUAGAGUAAAAAAUAAAACUAUUCAACAGAUGAUGGGCGAUUUACCAAGAGAUCGGGUCAUUCCAUCCACACCUUUUGACAAGGUAGGAAUUGAUUUUGCAGGCCCAAUCAUAACGAAACCUAAUUUGAAAAGAUCUAGAGUAACUAUCAAAUCUUACAUCGCCAUAUUUAUAUGUUUUAGCACUAAGGCUAUUCAUCUGGAAGUAAUAUCUGAUUUAACAACUGAAGUCUUCUUGGCAUGCUUUAAAAGAUUCAUCACAAGGCGAUCGAGACCUUCAGUAAUUUGGAGCGACAAUGCAACUAAUUUUAAAGGAGCAUAUGCUCUUCUGAACCCCCUAUUUAAAUUAUGCAAAUCCAAUUCGAUUCAAAGGUUCAGUGCCGAUGAAGGCAUCAAAUGGAAUUUCAUACUCCCAGCUGCACCCAACUUUGGUGGUCUCUGGGAGGCAAAUAUAAAAUCUAUGAAAAAAAUCUUAGUAAAAGUCACCAAGACCAAAAUUCUGGACUUCGAGGAACUUUGCACAUUGGUUGUCGAAAUUGAAGCGAUAUUGAAUUCAAGACCACUCAGUCCCUUGUCUGUCGAUCCAACUGAUCUACAACCUCUAACACAGGGACAAUUUUUGGUUGGGUCAUCGUUACUAUCUUUAACUGAAAAAGAUACUGCUGUCAGUUUAUCUUCCAGGUGGAGCCAUGUCCAGCACCUUAAAUCCAAGUUUUGGGACCGUUGGAGUCGGGAGUAUCUGCAACAACUAUAG